GCGACGCCGCGCCACUCGGUUGAGGUCGCCUUGUGCGUCGCUUUUCUGUCUCUCCGGUUGCGGACACCGCCCUUCUCUCGUCAGCCUCCGGCCCGCCAUCUCCUUGAGCCCAAACACCAUGCCUUCAAUUAAGUUGCAGAGUUCCGAUGGGGAGAUAUUUGAAGUUGAUGUUGAAAUUGCCAAACAGUCUGUGACUAUCAAGACCAUGUUGGAAGAUUUGGGAAUGGAUGAUGAAGGAGAUGAUGAUCCAGUCCCUUUACCAAAUGUUAAUGCAGCAAUAUUAAAAAAGGUCAUUCAGUGGUGCACCCACCAUAAGGAUGAUCCUCCUCCUCCUGAGGAUGAUGAGAACAAGGAAAAGCGAACAGAUGAUAUCCCUGUUUGGGAUCAAGAAUUCCUGAAAGUCGACCAAGGAACACUUUUCGAGCUAAUCCUGGCAGCAAACUACUUAGACAUCAAAGGUUUGCUUGAUGUUACAUGCAAGACUGUUGCUAACAUGAUCAAGGGGAAAACUCCUGAGGAAAUACGCAAGACCUUCAAUAUCAAAAAUGACUUUACUGAAGAAGAAGAAGCCCAGGUACGCAAAGAGAACCAGUGGUGUGAGGAGAAGUGAAAUCUUGUGCCUGAUGCUGAAACACUGUAAGGAUAUUUCCAAAUACUAGUUGCACUGCUCUGUUUAUAAUUGUUAAUAUUCGAAAAACAGUCGACAAAUGCAGCAGCGAAUCAGUUGUAUUAGUGGAAUAUUGUCCUCAUUGCAUGUGUAGUUUCAGUACAGAUUCCAAACCUAUGGCUGAGUUUCUUCUAGUAUGAUCUAAAGUUUCUCUUUUCUUUGCUCUGAAUAAAAUUGAACUGUGGGUUCUCUGUAGGAAGUGGCAUAUUGGGCUUUGCCUCUUUAUGUAAAGCAAUUUCUACCUAGUUUAUUGUCAGUUUAGUUUAGUGACUUGGAAAAGUUGGCAUUGUAAAUAAAGCAUCUCAGAAAAAUUUUUCUGAGAUAGAAUUAACAAUGUAUUAUCUUUAUUCAUGAGUUGGAAGCUGGAAAAAGGCCACUUGAGGUAAAUGUUCUGAGAUGGCGUUAUGGGGAUGUCUUCCAGCUUCCUAGAGUCAAAGAGUACCACUGGUAUUGAUUAGCCUGUAUGUAGCAGGGCUUCCUUAAUUGGAUCUGAGGACUUGUUUUUGCAUUUUUAAUCCUUUCCGCUUUCAAUAUGGUGGCUAGAAAUUCAGUUACUACUCAGUUUGUGGUUUUGGGGGAAAUAUAAUUAGAUAGUUUGUUAGCUUUUUCAAUUAAAAAAGACAUGUAACCCAUGUGGUAUGUCAUCUUUUUAUAAUCAGUGAUCCCAUGUGGAGUAAACUAUUUACACUACUUACCUGCAUGUAAGAAAUAAUUUAACCUCUAACGUUAAAAUGUGUGGCAUAUCCCAGAAAGCAACCGUCAUGAAUGAAAGAUACUUUCAAUAAAAAGUAAGUAACAUA